AUGUUGCUGCCGGACCAGACUUAUGCCGACUACGAUGUGGGCCGCCCCAAGCUGCUGACCUACCACAAGAGCAGGAGUCGCGGCUUGAAGUCCCAGUCCAAGCUGCAGCGGUCCAAGAGCUCCGAUGCCAGCAGCAGCAGCUACGAGCGAACGGCGGACUUCUUCGAGAACAUUCCGGAUUUCCUCGGCGAUUCGCUUCCCACCUUUCUCUACAGUCCGCCGGAGCAGCAGGAUGCCCAGUCGAAGGGCGGGGGCGGUGAGGUGCGAUUGGAGCGGGAUCAGCUGGAGGAUGAGGACGAGGACCUCGAUAGCGAGAGCAGCAGCCAGAGCGACAACUGCGAGGACGACGAUGUCCUGCGACUGUGCGAGGACUUCCUCUGUCGCCAUCGCAUGCGACCCGACUUCUUCUGCCAGUACCACAAGGCAGUCAGUUCCACAACGGCGUCACCAAAGCAAACGAAAACCUCAACUCCCAUUGUGCAGUGCAAGUCCGUAUCCCCGCCAGGAAAAGUGCCAGCGGACAAAAAGGACCUCAAGUCGACGAGCAGGACGAGUACUGUGGUGGAGAGGUUUGCCAAGUUCUCAGCCAUUUACACGCUUCCAGUGCCCAAGAGGAAGAAGGCGUGCAACAAAACCACAGGAAAUAUCACAGAUGCAUCUUCAUCCAACGAGGCAGUUCAUCUGCAGCAGCGGCUCAAAAGCCUGAGCACCGAGUUGGUUACUCUGCGAAAUCGGCUACACGUGGGCCAUGGACCCGGUCAGGGUCAGAGCCAGGGAGGAAAUGGUUCACAGCCAGUACCUCCGGGUCCCAAUGCGGGUCCCAAGGCCAACAACUUUGACCUGAACGCAUCCAGUCCGAAUCUCAACCUGAGUUCCAGCGGCGCAGGACUCUCAGCCACCGCCGUGCAGCAGCACACCAAUGGACACCACACGACAUCGAAGAAUCACAGCUUCAGCCACUCGGGCUCCGGGGGAGGAGGAGCAGGAGGAGGUGGGACGGUGGUGUCGGCUAGGAACACCUCGAUUCCACACCCACUUCCGCACCAGCUGGCCGAGAAGCCGAGUCUGCCGCAUCAGCAGAGUGGCAGCGGACAUGGCCAGUCCACUGGGACACUGCCGCACAUGAGCGGCAUGGGAAGCAUCCUGGGGCAAGGUUCCCACUCCCAUGCAGCGGUCAACAGCAACAACUCCAACACGCUGCCCAUGCGCUCCACGAACUCUGGACACCUGGGCAGCAAUGGCGGAGGCGUUGGACACCAUCUCAGCCACGCCCACAGCCAGCAAUUGCCAUUCAUCCCGCAGUCGAAGCACACGAAUCCCUGCCAGAGUGUGAAGACUCUGCCCUUUGGAUUCGGCUACUCCGAGAGUCAGCAGAAGGUGCAGCAGCAGAAGCAGCCGCCGGCCAACUCCUCGCCCAAGGACAUGCAGGAUCUGAUCCACUUGUCGGGACCGCUCACCGAGCACGCCGUGAUGCGGACGCUGCAGGCCCGCUUCAAUGAGCAGCGGUACUUUACGAACGUGGGUCCGAUCUUGCUCUCCAUCAAUCCGUACCUGGACGUGGGCAACCCGCUGACCCUCACCUCCACGCGCGCCAUGCCGCUGGCCCCGCAGCUGCAGAAGAUCGUCCAGGAGGCAGUGCGUCAGCAGAGCGAGACGGGCUAUCCGCAGGCCAUCAUCCUGUCGGGCACAUCGGGCGCCGGAAAGACGGCCAAUGCGAUGCUGAUGCUGCGUCAGCUCUUCGCCAUCGCCGGCGGAGGUCCGGAGACGGAUGCCUUCAAGCACCUGGCAGCUGCAUUCACAGUACUUAGAUCCCUGGGAUCGGCCAAGACCACAACCAACUCGGAGUCGAGUCGCAUUGGCCAGUUCAUCGAGGUGCAGGUGACGGAUGGCGCGCUCUAUCGCACCAAGAUCCACUGCUACUUCCUGGACCAGACGCGCGUCAUUCGUCCACUGCCCAAGGAGAAGAACUACCACAUCUUCUAUCAACUCCUAGCUGGUCUCAGCCGAGAGGAGCGCCAGAAGCUCCACCUGGAUGGCUACUCGCCGGCCAAUCUGCGCUAUCUGCGUGGAGACAUCGGCCAGAACGAGCAGGAGGAUGCGGCGCGGUUCCAGGCCUGGAAGACCUGCCUAGGCAUUCUGGGCAUUCCGUUCCUGGAUGUCGUGCGGGUGCUGGCCGCCGUUUUGCUGCUGGGAAAUGUUCAGUUUAUUGAUGGAGGGGGUCUCGAGGUGGACGUGAAGGGUGAAACGGAGUUGAACUCGGUGGCCAGUCUUCUGGGCGUUCCGCCGGCGGCACUCUUCCGUGGACUGACCACCCGCACCCACAACGUUCGUGGCCAGCUGGUGAAGUCCGUGUGCGGCGACGGCGAUGCCAACAUGACGCGCGACUGCCUGGCAAAGGCGCUGUACUGCCGCACGGUGGCCACCAUUGUGCGCCGGGCCAAUAGCCUGAAGCGCCUGGGCUCCACGCUGGGCACCCUCAGCUCGGACUCCAACGAAUCGGUGCACAACCAGGCGGACGUCGCCUCCCAACACGCCUCCACCAUUGGCGGUGGCAAUGCGGGCUCCAAGUCGAUGGCUGCCCUCAAUAAUGCGGUGCGCCAUGCCACUUCCGAUGGCUUCAUCGGUAUCCUGGACAUGUUCGGCUUCGAGGAGCCCUCGCCACAUGCUCAUCUGGAGCACUUGUGCAUCAACCUGUGCGCCGAGACCAUGCAGCACUUCUACAACACGCACAUCUUCAAGUCCUCCGUGGAGUCCUGUCGCGACGAGGGCAUCGUGUGCGACACCGAGGUGGACUACGUGGACAAUGUGCCCUGCAUUGAUCUGAUAUCCUCGCUGCGAACUGGUUUGCUCAGCAUGCUGGACGCGGAGUGUUCGGUGAGGGGCACUGCCGAGAGUUAUGUGACCAAGUUGAAGGUGCAGCACCGCAGCUCCAGCCGCUUGGAGACGAAACCCACCGCCGAGCCACACGAUCCACGCAUGUUUCUCAUCCGUCACUUUGCCGGCCGGGUGGAGUACGAUACCACGGACUUCCUGGACACCAAUCGGGAUGUGGUGCCCGACGACUUGGUGGGCGUCUUCUACAAGCACACCUGCAACUUUGGCUUCGCCACCCAUCUCUUUGGCUCCGAGCUGAAGGCCCUGUAUGCCCAGCAGCAGGCUCCGCGGGGUCUUAGCUUCCGCAUUUCGCCCACAUCACACUCGGAUCUGCUGAACGGCGACGAGCCGGUCUCCACGCUGACCCAAGACUUCCACACCAGGCUGGACAAUCUGCUGCGCACCCUGGUGCACGCCAGGCCGCACUUUGUGCGCUGCAUCCGGAGCAAUGGCACCGAGGCGGCCGGCAGCUUCGAUAGGGCCACGGUGGUGCGCCAGAUUAGGUCGCUGCAGGUCCUGGAGACGGUCAACCUGAUGGCCAGUGGGUUUCCGCAUCGCAUGCGCUUCAAGCAGUUCAACGCCCGCUACCGGAUGCUGGCCCCAUUCCGGCUGCUGCGUCGCAGCGAGGACAAGGCUCUGGAGGAUUGCCAGCUGAUACUGCAGUACGCGCUGGAGCAGCCGCCGGUGCUGGAUGGCUCGGUGACCCUGGCCUGGGCGCCCGGCAAGCGUCACGCCUUCCUCAGCGAGGGCAUUCGCCAGCACUUGGAGCACUUGCGCACCGAGAUCAGGCACAAGAGCGCCACCCUGAUGCAGGCCACCUGGCGCGGCUGGUGGUGGCGCAAGAAGAUGGGCAGUGGCGGGCCCAAGCGCUCUAAGCUCCCAGGUCAUCAGCAGGCGCCACUGGCGAACUCCAAGGUCACGCCGAACUCCGCCGCGCAGAGCAAGGCCGCAUCCUCCACGAUGGCCGCCCUUGCCGCGGUGGCAGCUGCUGCUCCCAUUUCUGUGCCACGCCUCUCGGCCAAGACAACGAACCUGGGCAUUGGGGGCACAGUGGCCAGACCCAGGCCACAGCCCAUAGCUGGCACUCCGCCGCCGGAUCCGCAGGAGAAGUGCGACCAGAAGAUCAUACAGCAGACCUGCAACCUGUUUGGACUCGAUUUGGAACGUCCGCCGCCAGUUCCGCCGUCUCGUUCCUACACAAUCACCGGCAACUCCAAGAUAAGCUAUCCCCAAAACCGGGUUAUGAAGAUGAACUUCCCGGAGGAGGGACAGUCGGAGGCGCCGCAGCUGAAGAAGGGCGAGGCGGUGACCGUGGUGGGGGCCUCCACCGGUCGGGGUCACCUGAUGGUGGAGCACAAGGGGCAGAGCUUCCAUGUUCCCUUCCAGUUCAUGACACUCAGUAAAUAAUAGGAGUCCACUGGUGGAAACGAACUGGUUAUGAUUCUGCCUGGCCAGACCAUUGGUGUAACAAGUUCUCCACGUCUUCAACUCUUCCCGAUAAUAGACGUGCCCAAUGUUUUAAGACUGUAAAUAUUCCACUUGGUAGAUUUAAUAACAAGCAUUCUCUCCACGAAGCGCAUGCUAACUGAGGUGCUCCAAUUGGCCCGGACUUACGUAGUAUUAUUACGGUCGUGUUUAUUAAUAAACGCCAAUCGAUAGGUUGUAGCUUCAAUUACAUACCCACAAGUGCCAAUCAAAUAAGUUCUUCCAUCUAAUUCAUAAGUAUUUUACAUGUU